GGUAUUUAGGUAUAUCCAUUCAGUGUAUGCUGAACCAAACAAAAUAUUAAAUUGAAGAAAGAAAAAAAAUAUUCUGUAAAAAUCAACACCCAUAUUGUCUUUUUAAUUUUAUAUCCAGCACAAUCCGUUUUUAAGGAAGGUAGUUGUAUUAUUUUGAAAUUCAACCGUUUGAGCCGAUUUCCCGUUAAUUCGUUAUUAUGCCGCGUUUCAUGUGCGACCAGUCUUAGCGUAACGUCCCUUCAAAAUCUGAAAUAAGGCACAAAAUCCACACGCGUUACACCACACAUUGCAAAGCCAUAUAGAACAUGUGUUCCGGAGCAAUCCGUUUGGCCAUCGUCGUGUGGUCGAUCGGUUGCUUGUCGACGAUUAUGGCUCACCGGAUCUUGGCGUGUGAACCCAGUCCCGGACACAGCCAUUGGAACGUCAUGUCAGCGGUGCUGGAGAGCUUGGUGGCCGUUGGGCAUGAGGUGAUGUGCGUGACCAUGCACCCGGCCACCGACCGGUUGGCCGCGCAUCCCAACUACACGCACGUGGACAUGUCGUCGAUGGCCAUCGGUUCACUACAAACAGCUCGGGACAUGAACUACGCGCAUGUUAUGAAGGUCUUCCGGUCGAACGCGUUCAUGGUGGGGCUGGCCACCGCCCGGGCGUUGUACGUGUGCAAAUACUUGCUUGACAUGCCGGAAAUACGUGACAUAUUGGACGGAAGAGGUCCCGCGUUCGACGCCGUUGUCAUGGAGUCGCUGCACUCUGAGUGCAUGUCCGCACUGCCCGAUAGGCUUGGCGUGCCGGCCAUCUACGUGAUCCCGUCACCGCCAGUCAACUGGAUGCCGGUGGCCACGGGCGCCCCCGACCACCCAUCCUAUCUAGGCGCGAUGCUCUCCGACCGGCCGACGCCAGUGACGUUCGGCCAUCGGCUGGCCAAUGCAUUGGUGUACGCGCACACCACACUGGUCAGGUGGUACAACGACGCGGGACGCGACCACCGGUGGCCGGAGCACCGGCACACCAUGGUGUUCGUCAACACGCAUCACUCGGUGGAACCAGGUCGACCGAUGGGGCCCAACGUCCUGGAAAUCGGAGGCAUUCACUUGAACCGGCCGCUAGAACCGAUUCCCCGAGAUUUAGCAGAUGUGUUGGACAGCAGUAAUGAAUUCGGCGUUAUCGUCUUUACUUUUGGUUCUUUGGUGGCCAUGAACACACUACCCGAUGAUGUAUUAGAUAAGUUUAAAAUCGUGUUUAGCCAACUCCCCCAAACAGUUAUUUGGAAGUACGAGAACGAUACCAUGCCUGACAAGCCAGAAAAUGUGGUGUUGUGUAAAUGGUUACCUCAGCGUGCUAUAUUACACCAUCCAAAUGUCAAAUUGUUCAUAAGUCACGGCGGGAUGAGUGGAGUGUAUGAAGUUGUAGAGGCGGGAGUUCCAGUUCUUGGCAUGCCAUUGUUUUAUGACCAACCGAGAAACAUUCAAAAUCUGGUGGACCUCGGUAUGGCGUUAUCUAUGAAGAUCAAUAACUUGACACAUACAGCACUAUCUGAAGCCAUAAACCGAAUAAUCAAAGAUAAAAGUUUUUCGGAAAAUGCGAAACGGGUGUCGUCCCUGUACCGAGAUCGCCCCAUGACACCCUCCGAAUCCGUCGUCUACUGGGUCGAGUAUUUGAUUCGACACGGCACGGAAGCCGACAUCAGACCUUUGUCGGCCGACGCGUCAUGGACUAGCCAUUUCAUGUUGGACAUGUGUGUCGCAAUGGUGACGGCUUUACUUAUAAUAUGGUUCGUUACGCGCGCCGUCCUGCACGUGGCGCUCAACAAAUCCAUUCAGUCCGAUGUAAAAUGACGUACAAUCGUACGAAUUCAUGUGCACAAUGGCGUGGGGGGGGGGGGGUAAGGGGGUAGUCGAAUGAUAGGUGCCUCUGAGUUUUUAGGGUAGGGUAGGUGGGUGUGUAAUAAUUUAGUAUUACCCAAUUAUUACGUAUUGUAUAUAUCUUAGUAUUUACUACGACAGCAAAUUAAAAAUAUGACAGUAAAUGCCUUUAUCGAGUAUUGACUGGGUGGAUAUGAAUAGCUUCUAAAAAAUAUCUAGUUCACGGCGUUCCCCGCGCCAUUGCGUGCCUGAGACACUAUAGAUUCGUAUGUUACGUAAUACGUUUGACUGUAGUACGACCGAUGUGUUAUCAAAGUUCAAAAUAAAAAUCACAAUACAUAUUA